AGAAACCAACACCUGAACUAAAAUUCUCUCUGAUAAAUGGCACCUCCUUCAACAGAUCUGAGACAAAUUGGUGCAGAAGGGUUUGCUCUGAUAGAGAAGUUCUAUGGUCCAGCAAGAAGGAACAAUGGAAGUGAUGCAUUUCAUUUGCAUGGGCGAAGAGAACGUUGUUGCGUGGUUUAUCAAGUGCCUAAAGAUCUCAUGGAUGAGUCUUCUGUUGGGGGUUAUACCAAGCCUAAACCCUCAAAUCGUUGGGGUAGACCCUUUAAGUUUCCACCAUUAUCAUCAAUGGCACCACCAACAGACCUGAGAAUGAUAGGUUCAGAAGGGUUUGGUCUGAUAGACAAAUUCUACGGACCAUCGAGUCGCAGAAGGCCAAAUUAUUGGAAUGGGGUAUGUCCUGCAAGACAAGGACGUUGGGUGUUUCAGGUUCCCAACCAUGAGUUGGAAGACCUUGUGAUCAAUAGCAGAGAAGUUGUUUCUCGUUAUUGUUGGAAGUACAAGUAGACUAGAUAUAACACU